AUGGAGUACAACAAUGCCCUCAAAGCUCUCAUUCGAGUUGCACAAGGAACAACUUUCCAUCAGGAACUACAAUAUUUGCAGAACCACGACCAAAAGUCUUUGGCUCUGCAAAAAGCAGGCUUCAAGUCUCCGCUCAAAGACAUUGACGUGUUGAUCGACGACGCAGGGCUUCUCCGUUUGAACGGUCGCCUAGCUCAGUCACCUGGCACCUUCGACAAUCGCUUUCCGAUCCUGUUACCUGCCGAUCAUCAUCUCUCACGGUUAAUUGCCAGAUCAAUUCAUCAUCAAACUCUGCACGCCGGACCAACACAACUGCUCGCGACCAUCAAGCAGCGUUUCUGGCCGAUCCGUGGUAGAGACCUCGCUCGAAGGACAGUGCAUCGUUGUGUGACGUGUUUCCGUUGUCGUCCGAACGCAAGCAAUCAAUAUAUGGCGCCAUUGCCUGCUGCGCGCAUUACACCAUCUAAAGUUUUCGAACACACGGGGCUGGAUUACUGCGGGCCGUUUCUCGUUCGUCAAUUCGCGGGAAGGGGCGCUUCGGUAAAAGUCUGGGUCGCAGUGUACGUGUGCUUCGCCGUAAAGGCCGUUGUGCUGGACAUCGUCGCUGGGAUGCCAGCUGCUGCGUGCGUCAAUUCGUUGAGGCACUUUGUGAGUCGCGUCGGUCGCGUUCGCGUUAUACACUGCGACAACAGCACCUCGUUCGUCGGCGCGUUUCGCGAAAUAAAGGAGAUGCGACAACAACUCGUCCAGCAGCUGAAGUCCAACGAAUGGGCUACCGAAUGCCUGAAAAGAGGCAUCGAGUUCCAGUUCAUACCUCCGAGAGCACCACAUUGUGGUGGGCUUUGGGAAGCUGCGGUGAAGAGCUUCAAGCACCAUCUCGUCAGGAUCAUUGGCUCAUCACCUUACCACUUUGACGAUCUUCGCACGGCCGUUGCUCAGGCGGAAAGCAUCAUUUUUAAAUUGACCCUUCCCAAUUUGUUACCGAAAGACGUACGCGAAAAGAGUGAACGAACCACGGUUCAACAAAAUUAA